GAUUAUCAAGAAGAUUUGUAUGACUGGGCCGAAAAGAAUCCUCCUCCGGCUACUAUGAUGGUCAUCGACGGUCAUGAGCAACUGGGAUGUGUGAUUGGGAUGCCUUACUCUCAUAUAAACUGGAGACAACAACAACAACAAGCCUUGUUAACAAGUGCAAUGGUUAUCGCUGGUCUUGCUCAGUAUGCUUUGUUGCUGCCCCAAGCUUUGAAGAUUUCACCACCCAUCUCAAGUCUGUAGAACAUGAAUUUCGUGAGUGGGACAGGUAUGCUAGUAAACACGCCCUGGAUCGUACUAACCUCAAUAACUUGCCGUUUGGUCGAUCAAAGGAGUUGGACUUGCUGCUUACUCAAGACAUGCUUAGAUGUCAAGAGAUGGUUAGUAGAAAGUGCCCCGGUGCCUUUAGGCCUUAUAAAUUCAGAUCUAACAGUCAAUCCAAGGCAAGUUGA